GUUUGCACCGAGGGGAAGCCGUCUUCUCGCACACCUCCGGGACUGCAGCAGAGCCAGGACGAGCACUUGCUGCGGCGCCGCCCUGUGGAUAGCGAGUUUCUGCUGGUGCCUCACAGUGGUCGGAGGCCAGAACUACCACCCGACAGUGAACACGCAAUAUGGGAAACUUAGGGGUGUCAGGGUCCCUCUCCCUAGCGAGAUCCUGGGGCCUGUGGACCAAUACCUGGGGGUCCCGUACGCUGCCUCUCCAGUGGGCGAGAAGCGCUUCAUGCCACCUGAGCCGCCGUCCUCCUGGUCAGGGAUCAAGAACGCCACCCACUUUGCGCCCGUCUGCCCGCAGAAUAUUCAAAAUGCCGUGCCAGAAAUAAUGAUGCCGAUAUGGUUCACCUUCAACAUGGAUAUUGUUGCCACGUACAUACAGGAUCAGAACGAGGAUUGCUUAUAUUUAAACAUCUAUGUUCCAACUGAGGAUGGGGCCCAUGCCAAAAAACAGGGCGAGGAUUUGUCUGAUAACGAUGGUGACGAAGAUGAAGGUAUUUUCCACGACACCGGCGCCAAGCCAGUGAUGGUCUAUAUCCACGGAGGCUCCUACAUGGAAGGGACAGGGAACGUGAUCGACGGCAGUGUGCUGGCCAGCUACGGGAACGUCAUCGUCAUCACCCUCAACUACAGGGUCGGCGUACUCGGCUUCCUCAGUACAGGAGACCAGGCAGCUAAAGGAAACUACGGUCUCCUGGACCAAAUACAGGCCCUGCGUUGGAUCAGUGAGAAUGUGGGGUACUUCGGUGGAGAUUCUAAUCGCAUCACAGUUUUCGGAUCAGGAAUUGGGGCCUCCUGCGUCAGUCUGCUCACUCUAUCCCAUCACUCUGAAGGCCUUUUCCACCGAGCCAUUAUCCAAAGUGGCUCAGCGCUCUCCAGCUGGGCAGUGAACUACCAGCCCGUGAAGUACACUCGUAUGCUGGCGGAGAAGGUGGGCUGCAACGUGCUGGACACCCUGGACAUGGUGGACUGCCUGCGGAAGAAGACCGCGCGUGAGCUGGUGGAACAGGACAUCCAGCCGGCGCGCUACCACGUGGCCUUCGGCCCCGUCAUCGACGGAGACGUCAUCCCCGACGACCCGGAGAUCCUCAUGGAGCAGGGCGAGUUCCUCAACUACGACAUCAUGCUGGGCGUCAACCAGGGCGAGGGCCUGCGCUUCGUGGAGAACGUGGUGGACUCGGAGGACGGCGUCUCCGGGAACGACUUCGACUUCUCCGUCUCGGACUUCGUGGACAGCCUCUACGGCUACCCCGAGGGCAAAGACACCCUGCGCGAGACCAUCAAGUUCAUGUACACCGACUGGGCGGACCGCGACAACCCGGAGACCCGUCGCAAGACCCUGGUGGCCCUCUUCACCGACCACCAGUGGGUGGAGCCGGCCGUGGUGACGGCCGACCUGCACGCCCGCUACGGGUCGCCCACCUACUUCUACGCGUUCUACCACCACUGCCAGAGCCUCAUGAAGCCCGCCUGGUCCGACGCCGCCCACGGGGACGAGGUGCCGUACGUAUUCGGCAUCCCCAUGAUCGGCCCCACCGACCUCUUCCCCUGCAACUUCUCCAAGAACGACGUCAUGCUCAGCGCCGUCGUCAUGACGUACUGGACCAACUUCGCCAAGACUGGGGAUCCAAACAAGCCAGUGCCCCAGGACACCAAGUUCAUCCACACCAAGGCAAAUCGUUUCGAAGAGGUGGCCUGGUCCAAGUACAACCCCCAGGACCAGCUGUACCUGCAUAUCGGACUCAAGCCCCGUGUCCGGGACCACUACCGGGCGACCAAAGUGGCCUUCUGGAAGCACCUGGUGCCACACCUCUACAACCUCCACGACAUGUUCCACUACACCUCCACCACCACCAAAGUGCCCCCGCCCGAGACCACCCAGAACUCCCUGUCCACCAAGAGGCCCAACGGCAAGAACUGGCCCUUCAACACCAAGCGGCCGCCCAUAUCGCCGGCCUACAACAGCGAGAACGGCAAGGAGUCGUGGAACGGCGACGAAGAGACGGGCCCCCUGGUGGUGGAGAACCCGCGCGACUACUCCACCGAGCUGAGCGUCACCAUUGCCGUGGGGGCCUCCCUGCUCUUCCUCAACGUGCUGGCCUUCGCCGCCCUCUACUACCGCAAGGACAAGCGCCGGCAAGACUCCCACCGCCAGCCCAGCCCACAGCGGCAGACCACCGCCAACGACGUGGGCCACGCGCCCGAGGAGGAGAUCAUGUCCCUGCAGAUGAACCAGACCCACCACGACUGUGAGGGCGGAGCCCCCCACGACCCCCUGCGCCUGGCCUCUCUGCCGGACUACACCCUCACCCUGCGCCGCUCCCCCGACGACAUCCCGCUCAUGACCCCCAACACCAUCACCAUGAUCCCCAACUCGCUGGUGGGCGUGCCCAACCUCCACCCCUACAACACCUUCACCGCCGGGUUCAACUCCACAGGCCUACCACAGUCACACUCUACCACCCGGGUAUAGCU